AUGCUUCGUUCUCUUUCAGAGCUUUGUGUGAAUGAUCCGCCGGAGAUCAACCAUGCCACCUUCAAAGCCCUCGCCUACAAGAAUGGCACUAAGUUAAACUGUGAAUGCAAGAGAGGUUUCCGCAGAAUAAAAUGUGGGUCAUCCUAUAUGAUUUGCACAGAAAAUUCUGCCAUGGGUACAAACCACAUUCAUAUGUAAAGCACUUGUAAGUUGAUUUUUGUAAUACAAAGUGUGAAAAGAACAUAGGAUACAAAGCAAGUUACACCUCCACCUGAAGAACAGAAAGAAAGAACAACCAUAGAAAUGCAAACUCAAACACAGCCUGAGGACCAACUGAACCUUGCAGGUUACUGCAGGGAGCCCCCUCUCUGGGAACAUGAAGAUACAAAGAGAAUUUAUCAUUUCAUGGUGGGACAGACAGUUCAUUAUCAGUGCAUCCAGGGAUACAAGGCCCUACAAAGACAUCCUGCCACAAGCACCUGCAAAAUGAUUUGUGGGGAGACCAGGUGGACCCGUCCCCAGCUCACAUGCAUAAACGAAAAUGAGCACCAUCAGUUUCCAGGUGAAGAAGACUCUCAAGUGAGCGUGGAUGCUGUUACUGAGAGUGAGACUUCCUGCCCUCCUGCCACGACAGGUACAGAGAAUGAUUUCCAACAACCUACAGAAGUGGCUACAACUAUGAAGACAUUCAUAUUUAAAUGGAGCAUCAGAUGCUCCUUUGAUGCUUACCUACCCUGGCUCCUUGAACCUCCUAAGAAAGCCGCAGGGAAAGAGAAAGCAGAAACUGUAGCACCCACCUCCUCAGGAGUGGCCGGCUGUGUCUUCCUACUGAUUAGUGUCUUCGUUCUGAGUGGGCUCACCUGGCAACGCAGAUGGAAGAAGAGUAGAAGAACCAUCUAGAAAACCAAGAGUGGUAAGAAGCCAAGGACAGCCAACUAAAGUCAGAAAAACAAGUAAAAUCAAAGAUGUUAAGCACCCAACAGUCAUCUCCUUUGCUCCCUUGGGUUUUGGAAAGUUCUGAAGUCACAUCACAGGAUAUCAGGCAACUGCAACUCAUCAUCAAACCAGUCUGUACCAUCAAAGGGUGGUGCUACCUGCUUUGAAGCAGCAAGUCCAAGGUCUUUAAAGGGAAA